AUGUACAGUUCCUCUCCUUUCCUCUUCUGGACCAUCAUUGCCGUUGUCCUAUCUCAUCCAACUACGCCAGAACAUCUCGUUCAGUUCAACCAAAUCCGGGAGUCAUUCUUAGCACAGCUCGGAACCGAAAUCCUGCGGCCGCCUCUACCACUUCAGACCAUCCAGGCCCUCACAUACCUCAUCGUGUGGCCUUUCCCUGCAGAGCAACAGAUCUACGACCCGAGCUGGCUUUACUGUGGAACGGCAGUCAAUGCGGCCUUGUAUAUGGGUCUCCAGCACUCAAAACCGGCUGGAAAUCUAAGAAGUAUCGGCCUAGCCACCAUCGAAAACUUCGUCCGCAGUUACCCCAUCCCAUCAGAAUUCGCCUACCAGAUUAUGGUCCAACAUACACUCGCAAAAUUCACCACCAUCGUACUUGAGAACUCACAAGAGAUUGUCAGUCAUUCACUAGUCAAGCUCAUCGACACCGAGCUGGAUGGCUUGAAAUCGAGAUUCCCUACGCCAUGGACACCAAGAGUGGAAAUGGCCGUCCUUGUGGCGAAAAUCCACCUCUAUACCAUGACUAUCAUCCGAAUGCAACUCGACCUCACGUCACGCGAGAUCCUCAUGAAGAGCGGAUUCUCGGUCGCCUUGCGCAUCGUCUACCUCUCCGACCAAGGCCUCGGCUUCCGGUCGAGCGACUACGGCGACCUCGCUCCCGAAGUGCUCCAAAGAACCCUGCCGAAGAACUACUUCCGCGCCCUCGUCCUCGCCACCGUGUUCCUACUCCGAUUCUUUGUCCUGAAUAUUCAUGCAUCGCCGGAAGAGCAAGAGCUCGCGCGGAACCACGUCGCAAUGGCACAGAGGUACCUCAAAGCCGGCUCCAAAGGACCAGCGGAUGAGAAAUUCCGCGCCGCUCGACUCUUAGAAGCCUUGAGCCGACAACAACCCGUAGACCUGGAUACGACCAAGCUGAGAAUCGACGACCGCAUGGGAGCAUCGCUGGUGUAUGAUGCAAUCACUACAGGCCAGGAGCUCCGGGGCGCCAAGCCCGAAAUCGAAGAAGAGGGAGCAGAGCAUCACGCUGAAAACCACAUAUCGAACCACGUAGCUGAACCGCGGCAGCAUGAAGGCGGACCUUCCACCAUGCCGCUCAUCCAGGAGCCGCCGCCAGACAUGGCUGUGGACGUGAGCAACAUGGGAGCAUUCGCCGGAUUAGAUUUCUCUCUCCCUGAGGACCUCUGGGGCGACUCAGUUUGGGGAAUGUUCGAUACUAUUGCACCCUCACACGCUGAGCAUAUGCAAGGGCAGCCCAUUGCUCGAUAUCAAUAA